GGAGCUUCUCAGAGCCUUCGCUUCCACCGCAUGCCACGCAUCCCUUACCGCUACCCGGCAGCCGGCACCGAUGCCGUGGCCGAUGCCAUCCGCGAGCGAAGAGGAGCGGCUCGCGGCCUGACGCCGCUCGAUGGCAUGCUGCUCAACUCAAGUCCGAUUGCAGCUGGGUGGAACAAUCUUCUCGGAGCCAUCAGGACCAAGAGCAGCCUUCCAGAUGAUAUCAGAGAGAUCAUGAUCCUCCGGGUCGCCGCACGCAAUCGAGCCGCAUAUGAGUGGUCGCACCACGAAGGCGUCGCUCGCAAAGCGGGAUUGACCAACGAGCAGCUUGCACGCGUCGGAGACGUGUCCCUCUCCAUAACAUCUCUCUCUGACCCAUCAUCGGCAGACAACCCGUCUGCAGGUGCCGGCAAUAUCCUCUCGCGCUUGCAGAAUGCUGCUCUGGCCUUUGCAGAGGCAUCGACGGCGCAUGUUCAGGUCCCCGACGCAGUGUUUGGAGAGCUAAAGGAAGCGCUCAAGGAGAGCAUUGCCAUGCAAGGCGAUGCAGGCGCCGACAAGGAAACGCUGUUGAACGAGAAAUUGGUCGAGGCUGCCGCAACCGUGGCGACCUACAACAUGGUGUCGCGUUUCCUCGUUGCGACGGACAUCGACGACAAAGCCAACACCCCUUGUGCUGUCCCGCUACAAUCUGCACCCAACGCCGUCACCAUAACAGCAGAUGGAGAUGGUACCUUCCCAAAGCGCGUGCCAGACGCCACGCUUGCUUAUGCCAGCGAGGUCCGAUAUAUCACCGUCCCAGGGCGAGACAAAACACCACAAAUUCGAGCCGUCCGAGCGCAUUUUGCAUCGCUCCAGGCACCCUGGAUCCUGCUAAUUAACAGCCUGAUGACUAACCAAAGCAUGUGGGACUGGGUCUUGCCGUCGCUUAAAAAGACGUACAACGUAAUCACUUACGACCAAGCAGGGCAUGGACUCUCGGACGUUCCGCCGAACCCGGACCACGACUGCAGCAUACACACGCUCGCUGACGACGCAGCGAGCAUCGUACAAGCGCUUGGAGUACCGAAGCUGCAUGCCGUCAUUGGCGUGUCGCAGGGCGGCGCCACGGCACUGUCCUUUGCGAUCCGACACGCUGCGCUCGUGGACAAGGUCGUCGCGUGCGAUACGCAGCCCCUCACGCCUGCGGCAAACAUCGGCGCGUGGGACGAGCGCAUCAAACUUGCGCGUGGCGCUUCGGAUGCGACCGAGCACGGUGACCGGCCCGCAGGGAUGGGGAAGCUGGCGGAUGUGACCGUCGCGAGGUGGUUCGAUGUGCAGGCCGGCAACAAGUGCCUACCCGCGACGAGGGAGAAGGUGAAGAACAUGGUCGUGCACACUCCGGUCGAGGGCUUCGUAGCGGGCGCCAGGGCCCUGCAGUCGUACGACCUUUACGCUGAUGGGCUCAAGGCCGCGCUUGGCUGCAAAGGUGCAUCCGUCUUGCUCGUGGCCGGCGAAUUGGACGGCAAGAUCCCGCAAGCGCUCAGCGCGCUGCAGGCUGAGCUCGGCGGCGGAGCGCACUUUGAACUUAUCAAGGGCGCUGGUCACCUGCCGAUGUGCGACAGUCCGCAGGGAUUCUUGCAGGCCGUCCUGCCGUUCCUUGAGGCUUAGCGCGCGCGUUUGGGAGGUCAUCGCGGUGAACGAGAAAGUCGUUUCGACUGCGGAUACAUGAUCGCGGAUACAAUCAUUACCCUCGUUACAAGUCUCUUUGGGCAGUCAAUCGGGCCGAUACAGUAAAUAUACAGCCGCAUUUUCCAUGUAUGCGCUCACGACAGGAAUACAAAACACAAGGUGGACAGUG